AGGACCGACCGUAAACAGGAGAAAGCGGAAACAAAAGAGGUUUUCUAAAAACACAAACACAUCCCCGGUUGUCGAAGUACUCAGGGAAUAAACUACAGCCAUUUGGUUCGCCAACAAUAAUAGUGAAAUUUAAAUAAAGUGCGAGUCGACGUCAGUUGAGGAGCAAACUGCAUCUACAUGGCACUGAAAAGAAUACAGAAGGUAUAGCUCCUCCUAGGGAAGAUCUUGAAGGCUCUUCUCCCUUAUGCCACUCCUUGCAACCAGGAAGUAACCUGAGGGUUGUGGAAAGACAUGGAUAUUUACCAGGCAAGGUCUGCUGGAGUACACCUUUAACACAUUGGUGGCACUAACACCAGUUGGAAGAAGAGAGAAGGUAGUGGAGAAAAAGAACCAAAGAAGGAGCUGCAUGACCUGCAGAGAGACCCACCAGCACAGUGCUCUGCUGGCCCUGUGGGGGAAGACUUGUUUCAUUGGCAAGCAACCAUAAUGGGUCCGGGUGACAGUCCUUACCAAGGAGGAGUAUUCUUUCUCACAAUCCACUUCCCCACCGACUACCCAUUCAAGCCACCGAAGGUAGCAUUCACAACUAAGAUUUAUCACCCGAAUAUAAACAGCAAUGGGAGUAUCUGUUUGGACAUUCUACGGUCACAGUGGUCUCCAGCACUAACAGUGUCUAAAGUUUUAUUGUCCAUAUGUUCAUUGCUUUGUGAUCCAAACCCAGACGACCCCUUAGUUCCAGACAUAGCUCACAUGUACAAGAACGACAAAGACAAAUACAACAAACUAGCAAAAGAUUGGACCCAAAAGUAUGCCAUGUAAAGAAAAAGAAAGAUGAAGAAAAACAUGCUGAGAACUUUUCCUUUUUUUUUAUGUCACAACACACUGUAAAUUAUAGUAUGGAAUCAUUACGUAAUCUUAGGUAAUUUUCAUUCAGACAACUGUUAUUAACAUGAUUAUUAAUCCGAGACCAUGACAAACAUUCUUUGUUUUUAUAUGGAAGCAGAAGGUUUUACUUUGAGCAGAAGGGAAAUAUUGCCUAUUGGCAUUUCAUAGAUACCGUGAUAUUUCAAAGUUUGGUAUGUUGUUUGUUUUUGUAUCAAGGAAAUUUUAUUUAUGAGUUUAUUACAAAUUGCUUCAAAGCAUUCUUCAUUUUUGAAGUAAAACUAGUGGAUUGUAGGUCAUAAAUCCCAACGUAUGCCAUUCAGCAAUAAGCCUUUUUUUAUUUUUAAAGGAGCUGAGUAAUAGUGCAGCAAGCUGCUCCAUAACUGGAAAAACCCAGGUUCAGUCCCUGCUGCGCUCAUCAGCAGCCUGCAAGGAAACGCAGUGAACCAUGGAAAUAUGGAAGGGUGAAUGCCAAAUAUGUAAGCCCCUUAUUCUGACACAUUUUCAGUGGGUGAUGGAGUUUCUUUUUUUUUUUAUAGUUCUUUUGCAUCUUGUAGCAGACCAAGUGGAAUGAAACAAUGUACUGUUGCAGUUUCCCUGAAAAUGGGUGCAAUUACAAGUCAAAGCACCUAGUACUGUCUUCUUUUUAUUAUAAUUGUUAUUAAUUGUAUAGUAUAACAUUUUUUUCAUUUAGAAUGAUCACAAUGUAAAUCUGUCAUUAAAAGUAUGUACUCUUUUCCCCUGAGGUUAGCAGUGAUGUUGGCUUUUUGGUUGGAUUUACACAGGCACAAAAAUCUGAUUUUUAACCAUGAAACCUGUACCUAAGGUUUAAUGUGUUCUUCUGUUUGACCUCCAGUCUGUCUGUAUAUCUAUCUAUGCUAUAGAAAUGGUAAAAAUCCCAUUUUCUGUUUCUGUGUAAGCAGUCUCACUUGUGUCUGAGGCCUGUGUGCCACCUUUUGUACUGAAUUAAAGAAUGGUACAGUUUUUA